AUGCUGCGGCUGCGCUGCAAGGCCCGGAGCGGCUCGCACGCGCUGCCGGGGCUGUCGCCGCACUCCCGCCUCCGCGACAUGCAGGCCGCGCUCGCCGCGCUCACCGGAGUGCCCGCGCCCGCGCAGCGCCUCCUGCUCGGCUUCCCGCCGCGCAGCCUCGACCUCAGCGACGGCGAGCGGCGGCUGGGCGAGCUCGGCAUCCACUCGGGUGACACUCUGAUCGUGGAAGAGGACACAUCCAAACCCGAGCCCGGCUCGCCGGUGGUGGCCAAAAAAGCCAUGUCCCAGCCCGUGAGGGAAGCCGUGCCCGUGCUGGUCAGGAGGGUGGUGCCAGCAGACAAUUCCUGCCUGUUCACCAGCGUGUUCUACGUGGUGGAGGGCGGCGUGUACGACCCCGGCUGCGCGCCGGAGAUGCGCAACCUCAUCGCGCAGAUCGUGGCCAGCGACCCCGAGUCGUACUGCGAGGCCGUGCUGGGCAAAACCAACCGGGAGUACUGUGACUGGAUCCGCAGGGAGGAGACCUGGGGAGGAGCCAUCGAGGUCUCCAUCCUCUCCAAGUUCUACCAGUGCGAGAUCUGCGUGGUGGACACGCAGACCGUGCGCAUCGACCGCUUCGGCGAGGACGCCGGCUACAGCAAGCGCGUGCUGCUCAUCUACGACGGCAUCCACUACGACCCGCUGGAGCGCCGCCUGCCCUCCUCGGACCUUCCUCCCCAGACCAUCUUCCCCAGCAGCGAUGACGUGGUGCUGGCCCAGGCUCUGGAGCUGGCGGAUGAAGCCCGCAGGAAGAGGCAGUUCACGGAUGUGAAUCGCUUCGCCCUGCGCUGCAUGGUGUGCCAGAAGGGACUGACGGGGCAGCUGGAGGCCAGGGAGCACGCCAGGGAGACCGGACACACCAACUUUGGGGAGGUGUGAGCUCUCUCAGCAGCACGAGGAGGGUGCCAUCGACUACCUCAGCGCUCUGGAAUCAGAUUCUGGAGUCCCAGAUAAGCUGUUUGUAAUCAUAAAAUUCCGUUCACAGAGCUUGAAAAGCUUAUUAACUAAUUAACUAAAUUAACUUCAUGGUGGUCAACGCGCAGGUUUGGGAGUAGGGGAGUGGGAGUAGGGAUGGCACUUGGGCUGGUGGUGGACAGUGGCAGCCACACCUUGAUUUCAUCAUCUUCUGUGUGUGUGUGUGUGAGCAGAGAGACAUAGCCAGGCUUGUCCAGCACUGCUGUAAAAUCCUCAGCCAGGAUUUUACACCAAUACUGCUGUAAAAUUCACCUCUGAGGUGCUGAGUGUGUGAUCUGAGCAGACAGACAUAGCCAGGCCUGUGUAAAAUCCACCUCUGAGGUGCUGAGUGUGUGAUCUGAGCAGACAGGCACAGCCAGGCUUGUCCAACACUGCUGUAAAAUCCUCAGCCAGGAUUUUACACCAAUACUGAUGGAAAAUCCACCUCUGAGGUGCUGAGUGUGUGAUCUGAGCAGACAGACACAGCCAGGCUUGUGUAAAAUCCACCUCUGAGGUGCUGAGUGUGUGAUCUGAGCAGACAGGCACAGCCAGGCUUACCAACACUGCUGUAAAAUCCUCAGCAAGGAUUUUACACCAACACUGCUGUAAAAUCCACCUCUGAGGUGCUGAUUGUACAUUUUUCAGGGGAAUUCAGUUAAUCUGAGGCUUUGGCAAACACACAUAUCAGCACCACUCACACUGAGAAUUGGGCUCUGCACGUAUGAGCAGCUCUCAGAGGGGAAACUGCUCGUGUGGUGCAUGAUUUAUAAUGGAAAUACCAAGUACAAUAUCAAAAAUGCAAUUUACAGUGGAAAAAGGAUCUCUGAGCUGCCCUAUACCAUCAGGAAUAGCCUGUGUAGUUUGUGUGCUGAGAACUUUAGGGAAAGCAACGGCCUCUAAGCUUUAAGGUAGCCUUUAAAUUAAUGAGUAGAUGGAUAAGUGUUGAAUAAAACUUAUUAAUCCUCCGUAGGUAGUUUUUAGUUGCUUGAAAAAUAACUCUGAACCCCCUGGUGUUUACACUGCAUCAGAGCAUAAGCAUGUUGCCUGGAAUACUUGGGAUUCUUCUUCAUAAUAGCAUUGGGAAUUCCUGCAAGAGGGAAGUGACUAGUUAGGGAUGUGACUUAAUUUGCAUCUGUUAAAUGACUACAUUGAAUAUUUUACUUGAGUAGAGCCAAUUAAGGCCAUGGUGUUACUAAGCUGUUCCAGUUUCCAAAUACUGUGAAUGAGCACUUUAAGGUUGAGUUCUCACUCUUUGCUGGUAAAAAGUUUUGCCCUCUGAAGGCCAGAGCCAGAAGGGAGGCUUGAAAUUCCAUCUGCUUUCUGCCUUAAUGUGUUUGAUUUGUCACCACUGACUGUGGAGUAGCAAGACUUUCAUUGUGAUAAUGAAAUAUCACAGCUGAAUAUUCAGAUGAAAAUAAGCUGGGGAAAGUUCCCCACUCCUUGGACUGUUCAGAAUCAGGGAAGGUGAAAUUUAAGGUUUAAUUGGAAUUAUUUUACCUCACAGUGGGGUUGUGAAGCUUAACAGCAAGUGCUUUUGAGGGCUUUUAAAAGGUGCUGUAAAGGUGCAUAUUACUGAAGGGGAUUUAUGUUGUUUUUUUUUUUUAAUUUGAAAUGCCUGCAACACAUCCUUAUUUCUUGAAUUUUAAAAUAUCCUUUGCCUGCCAUUCUUCUGUUACUGUUUUGAGUGACCUUCCUUGCACUUUUAGACUGGGGAACAAGAAGGAGCAUCCUCAGACUGAGGCAGAAAUAAACCCCACGUGGGUUUAACCUAAAACCCAGUUUGAAAGGGCUCUGUUCUCUCAGGCACCUGAUCAAACUGGUGCAGCCACAUCACCUUUUCUGCUAAAAUCCCAUUUCUGGUCCUCAGCAGAGAUCUUGAAAUACAGGAGGGUUUUACAGAAGAAAGAACAUAAUUACUUAAGUGCUUUGCUGAAUUAAGGCAUGAAUAAUUCAACAGCUCUAGGAAUCACCCAGAGCACUGUGGACUGGGUUUAUUUUUAAUUCAGUAUUAAAACACACAUUAGCACUGGUGGGAGUUCCCUAUAGAAAGCCACUUAGCUUCCAGUGUUAAACCCCACUCUGCUUUUAGCCUGUCAUUAGGAAAAGAAGAUAAACCCCCCCCAAACCCAACAUUAAACCCAGCCCUGUAGAAGCUGAUGCUUACAAACCUCCAGAAAUACCUGACAGUUCAAAGGAACUUGAAGAUGACACUGUGUUAGCACUACUGGAGCUGAAAUACUGGCUAGGAACGAGACCAAGGGACUGGCAAGCCCCAGGUGUGCUCUGACUGUCCCAGGGGAGCAGGGACACCCUGGGACAAGGAGCUGAUCCUCCCCUUUGCCAUCUGCCACAUGGACACAAUACCUACCUCAGAGAGGUGCACCAGGUGUCUUUGAAACACAAGUGGAAGAUCCAUAUUUAUUGUCUGCCUUGACUUUGGGGAGCAACCCUUAGAUUUUAGCUUUGUGUCCUGGAUGGAUUUCUCUUAAGUGUGUGAAACUUUUUUUUUUUUUUUCCUGGUAUUUCUCAGUUGCAGUAUUUGAAAAAUGAGCUUUAUUUAAUCCAGAGUGUUGAGCUUUGCUAGAUCAUGUUUGCAUUGGGAAUCUGCUACCAGAGAAUCAAUUCCCUUGGAGGGAGAACGUGUCACUAUCACUGCUUGGAUGUUCUCUUUUGUUGCCUAGAAAAAUAAAAUCUCUUUGGUUAAAAAAAGAUA